GAUGCCAGGGCGGCUGGGAGAUGAAUGCUGGGCACUUCUGGGCGCAGCGCAGUCACUCGCUGGGACUCACUUGUUCCCCUGACCAACUGCAGCCCUCGCCUUCUCAAUGACGAGGAAACUAGCCCCGCUUCACCUUUUCAAACCCCAGCCUCCACCUCCUCCUCCUCCUCCGCGCUGCCGCUAUCCAACCCUCUUUCCUCCCAUUUCUCCUCACUCCUCUCGUGCUCGGUCUGUUCUUCAGUUCUACCCAAGCUUUUCUGAUUUCUGCCCCACCUGCUUUCCCUCUCUGAGCCGCGUCCUCCCUCCCCACCACCCCACCCUGAAACUCUCCAUGCCCAGCUCUUCCUCUCUUUCUUCCAAACCCUCGCCCAUCUGCCGCCCCCAUGGCUGCUGGACCGCCCGCCGCCCCUGCCCCUUUCUCUCUGCGCCCACUCCUCCUCCCAGCCCUGCGUUCUAGGCCCCUGCACUCUGGUCCCCACCCGCCCAGCCACCUGCAGCCACACGCGGCGGCUUGGUUCGCACAGCUCGUCCUGGACAGGUGGUUCCCUCCCGCUGGGCGGCCCUGGCGCCCUCAACGGCCAGGACUGGGUCCACAGCAGCCCGACCCGGCGGCGCAGGGACGCAAGGCGGCGGCAAACCACACUCAGCCUCACGGCCUGCGCCUUCCCUCCCCUGCCUGGUCGGCCAGCCCGCGUGGCCCCUGCGCUUGUGCCUGGCUUCCCCCGGAACGUGGUCUCGAGCCGCAGAGUCAGCUGCAGGGGCGCGGACAGAGAAGGCAGAGGACAGUGAGGAGCAGACGCAUCUCGCCUGUGUGCAAUAAGGGCUCCACUUUUCUUACCUGGGAUUCCGGAACCAUGCCAGGGACUUCCCGCCCUUGGGAGACUGCGCGCUGCCGAGGGGCGGGGCCUGCAUUGUGCGGUCAUCGCGGCUGAGGGCUCAGCCCGGCAGUCCCCGCGGCCUCCGCCCCGCCGUGGGGAAGGAGCGGAGUCCAGAGGGCAAGACACACGGCUCCCACCCGGAUGACAGCGUCGGAUGAGCAGACGCUUUUUGUUUUUGUUUUUCCUUCUAAGUGAGCUCUUUGAACUGAUACCUAUAGAAUCUAAAUCAAAAUCACGACAGAUAUAUUUUGGGGACGUGACAAGCUGAUUAUAAUUUAUAUGGAAAUGCAAGGGGCCAAUAAUAGUCAAGAUACUCUUAAGAAGACAUUCUCACCUAGUAGAUACCAGAACUUAUUAGAAAAGUAUAGUAGUUAAGACAGUGUAGUAUUGAAGAAUAGACAAAAAGACAAAUGGCACAGAAUGGAUUCCAUAAAUAGACUAACACAUAUGUGGACACUUUCUUUAAGUCAAAAGUAGGACAGCAGAACAUUGGAGAUAAGACUAUCUUUUAAAUAAAUGAUGCUUGGUCAA